AUGUCGAAUUUUGCAGAAGCAAGUUCUAAAUUAUUCCUGAACCCAGGAGUUGUCGAGCCGGGGAUCGAAGUCUUGCUGUCGACACCAGCGCGUUGUAAGAAAGACAGCCUUGAUCCAAUUUUAAAGAAAACGAUUGAGCCCCCUUCGGACCUCAGCAGAAACACUAGAGAGAAGAGAGCCGAGGUUCAAGAGCAAUGGGAUGACAGUGGCUUGCCUUCUUUAACAAAGCGUCCGGAAACCGAAUCACAAUGGAUGGUGCUGAAUGAAGCAUCGGGAAUCUUAAGUCUCCUUAGCGCCAUGUUCGGGAGUCUCCUCAGAGAAGCCCAAAUACCAUCUUCCUUCAGGAACAUAUUGCUCUACUUUGGAAGAAGAGAUUUUGAAGUGGAGAUUGUACCGCCUCGCUUCCAAAAUUGGCCUCUCGGAGGACCAGAUUCGAGUCAAAGGCGUGGAUUUGAGUGCAUGUACGGACUCCGUUUCGUGGAACAGAAUGAGCGGAAUACGAAUAGACCAUGGUCCUUGCGGCAGACUGCUGUAUAUCACAGAUACGACGCGCCUGGCACAACGGCGACCUGCAUAUUCGUGGCCAUGUCGCCUGUUGCCAAAGAGUUGCUGAGCCAGCAGGUGGCCGACUGUCAAAAACCAGAAGAUAUCAACCCUUUUGCGCCUCAUGUGCUUUUACUGAGCUUCGCAGCGGCGAACUGGCGCCAUUACCUGGUGCAUCUGACAACUGUGGCCGAGAAGCAUUCCCAGAGGGUCCUUCUAGCGAAUGGUGAGGGCGUUGGACCAGUCGAUUACACUCAUUGCGGUGCUCGACAGCUGAUCAAAAUCCUGCAAGAUGAUCUCCUUGACGUAUCUCUCGUGCUUUCUUCCACGAUAGAUACAGUCGAGCAAUUGCUCGAAUGCUGUCAAGAGAAUGAGCAAUUCCAACGUCCUGCCCAUUAUGCUGACACGAAGUGUCAUCUCCGCCGCAAGAGAGGAGAUUUAGUCGCACUCCAGAAACAAGCUGACCACUUACGUCUCAAGGUUCGAGGCACGGAUAAACUAGUUGCGAGCUUUUUAGACUUGGGUAAUGGAUUUGCUCUUCGAGAGCUUGGUCACGACGCUCGUGAAGAAACUGAAGAGAUUCACAAGCUCACCGAAAGCAGUGCACAAGAUGCGGCAGCGGUCAAGCUCUUGACGAUGAUCAUGCUGAUCUAUCUCCCUGCAACAGUUGUAUCAAGCUUUUUCUCGACUGCUUUCGUGGAUGCCGACCGAUCUCCUGGAAGGCCUGGUAAGCUGGUAAUUCUGGAAAAUUGGUGGAUAUACGUUGCGGCUGCCGUUCCCCUGACAUUCCUGACCUUUUUCCUAUGGUGGUCGAUGGGCAGGGUUAGCCCGAAUGUUUGGUGUGCAUGCUUGUCAGGCGUAAGACGCAUCCAUCGACGUAACUGCAACGAGGAGAAUCCUCGGUCACUGGAAGAGGGAACGUGA